AACAGUAGCAAUACCGGCAACAGGGCUACAGCUUGCAACAGUAGCAAUACCAGCACAGGGCUACAGCUUGCAACAGUAGCAAUACCGGCACAGGGCUACAGCUUGCAACAGUAGCAAUACCAGCACAGGGCUACAGCUUGCAACAGUAACAGUGCAGGGCUGCACCUUGCAACAGUAACAAUAACAUCGUAGGGUUUAACCGAGCCGGGUUGCAGAUACCCAGAGGGGUUGUAUUAUUUGUGCAAGCUGUAAGGAGGUGAAACCAUCAUGUUGACACCGAUGGAAAACCGCAGGGUGACCCAGGUAGAAAACCGCAGGGUGACCCAGGUAGAGAGCCACAUCACGACCCAGACGGAAGAAAGCUUGCAAUACAAUCACCACAACUACGAGUACGAGCUGCAGGAAUACAUGCUGCAAGAGGACGAUUGGGACAGGGACCUGCUCCUGGACCCUGCCUGGGAGCAGCAGCAGAGAAAGACCUUCACUGCUUGGUGCAAUUCACACUUGCGAAAAGCUGGCACUCAGAUUGAAAAUAUUGAGGACGAUUUCAGAAAUGGCCUUAAACUUAUGUUAUUAUUGGAAGUUAUUUCAGGUGAACGACUCUCAAAGCCAGACCAGGGCAAGAUGCGGUUCCAUAAAAUUGCGAAUGUUAACAAAGCUUUGGAUUACAUAGCCGGCAAAGGAGUAAAACUUGUGUCAAUUGGUGCUGAAGAAAUAGUAGAUGGGAAUGCGAAGAUGACUCUUGGAAUGAUUUGGACUAUCAUUCUCCGUUUCGCUAUUCAAGAUAUAUCUAUAGAGGAAACAUCUGCGAAGGAGGGCCUACUGCUUUGGUGCCAGAGGAAAACUGCUCCAUACAGGAACGUAAAUGUACAGAAUUUCCAUACGAGCUGGAAAGAUGGCCUUGCUCUCUGUGCUCUCAUCCACCGACAUCGACCUGAUCUUAUUGACUACUCCAAGCUGCAGAAGGAUGAUGCCCUUUACAACUUGAACCUUGCUUUUGAGAUUGCAGAAAAAGAACUGGAUAUUCCUAAAAUGCUGGAUCCCGAAGAUAUUGUGAACACACCUAAACCUGAUCAGAGGGCUCUUAUGACAUAUGUUUCCUGUUUCUAUCAUGCUUUUGCUGGAGCAGAACAGGCUGAGAUGGCAGCCAACAGGAUAUGUAAGAUACUGGGCGUUAAUCAGGAGAAUGAAAAUUCAAUGGCAGAUUAUGAAAAGCUAUCCAGUGAGCUCCUGGAGUGGAUUCAGAGGACCAUUCCUUGGCUGGAGAAUCGGACCUCGGAGAAGACCAUGCAGGCCAUGCAGCAGAAGUUGGAGGACUUCCGAGACUAUCGGCGCCUGCACAAACCGCCCAAGAUCCAAGAGAAAUGCCAGCUGGAAAUCAACUUCAACACAUUGCAGACCAAGCUGAGGAUCAGCAACAGACCAGCCUACAUGCCAUCUGAGGGCAAGAUGGUCUCAGACAUUGCAAGUGCUUGGCAGCGCCUUGAACAGGUAGAGAAGGGUUAUGAGGAAUGGCUUCUGAGUGAGAUAAGACGACUGGAACGCCUGGAACAUCUGGCUGAGAAGUUCAGACAGAAAGCCACGACUCAGGAAAUAUGGUCACAUGGGAAAGAUCAAACCUUGGUGCAAAAAGACUACGAAUCUGUCACUUUGACCGAAGUGCGGGCUUUGCUGAGAAAGCACGAGGCAUUUGAGAGUGAUCUGGCAGCACAUCAGGACCGUGUGGAGCAAAUUGCUGCCAUUGCACAGGAGCUGAAUGAGUUGGACUAUCACAAUGCUGCUGGAAUAAAUGAACGAUGCCAGAAGAUCUGUGAUAAAUGGGAUAGUUUUGGAACUCUGACUCAGAAACGUCGGGAAGCUUUAGAGAGAACCGAAAAGUUACUGGAAACAAUCGAUCAGCUGUUCCUAGAGUUUGCCAAAAGGGCUUCUCCCUUUAUCAACUGGGUGGAAGGAGCAAUGGAAGAUCUACAGGACAUGUUCAUUGUUCACAGCAUUGAAGAGAUCCAGAAUCUUGUAGCAGCUCACGAACAAUUUAAGGCCACCCUUCCAGAAGCAGACAGUGAGAGACAAGCCAUUCUGGGAAUCCUCAAUGAAGUGCAGAAGAUAAUGCACACCUAUGGCAUCUUGACAUCUAUGGCAAAUCCUUACACCUCCAUAUCCUGUGAAGAAAUUAAUGCCAAAUGGGCAAGGGUGAAGCAACUGGUUCCUCAGAGAGACUCGGCCCUGCAGGAGGAGGUUGUGCGGCAGCAUUCCAACGAGCGUCUCCGUCGCCAGUUUGCCACCCAGGCUAACGUAGUUGGGCCUUGGAUCCAACACAAGAUGGAGGCUAUUGGUCAAAGUUCUAUUGAGAUGAGUGGAGCCCUGGAAGAUCAGAUGAACCAACUGAAACAGUGUGAGGAAGUCAUCAUUAACUACAAACCCAAUGUGGACAAACUAGAAGGAGAACAUCAACUUAUUCAAGAGGCUCUGAUCUUUGACAACAAGCACACCGGCUACACAAUGGAGCACAUCCGAGUCGGCUGGGAGAUGCUCCUCACUACAAUCGCUAGGACUAUCAAUGAAAUUGAGACGCAGAUUCUAACCAGAGAUGCUAAAGGAAUCACCCAGCAACAAAUGAAUGAAUUCCGGUCUUCAUUCAACCACUUUGACAGGAAGAAGAAUGGAGCGAUGGAUCCGGAUGAUCUUAGAGCUUGUCUCAUCUCCAUGGGCUUUGAUCUGGGUGAGGCUGAGUUUGCACGGAUCAUGAAUUUAAUUGAUCCAAAUAAUACCGGCAAAGUGACCUUCCAGUCCUUCAUCUCUUUCAUGACCCGAGAGACUGCUGACACAGACACAGCUGACCAGGUUGUGGCUUCCUUCAGGAUUCUGGCAGGAGAUAAGCCUUACAUUCUGCCUGAGGAGUUGCGCCAUGAAUUGCCUCCCAAACAGGCUGAAUACUGCAUUUCCUGCAUGCCACCCUACAGAGGGCCACCUAGUGUACCAGGAGCCCUGGACUAUGUCUCGUUUUCAACAGCGCUGUACGGUGAAAGCGAUCUGUAAUAAAGAAUCCUGAUACAGCCUUUUCUUCCCUUCCUCAGCCUGAAUAUUUUAGUGAUUGAAAGUGUAGAUUAGUGAAUAACCUUGAAUGCAAUACUAGACGUGAAUGUCUAAAAUUGAUGUUGUGCUAAGCAAAAUGAGAAAGUAUGUCAGCCUGGUAUGAGGUAUUAGUAUUAUGUAGGGGAAAUCCAUUGGCAUUUAAUGGCACUGUGCGACUACAAAAUCUGAUGCAUGAAUAAUAGGACUUAAAAAUGUGAACAUUUAUUCCUCUUGGUAUUAAAACUGAGUCGUAGAUGACUUGCUUGAUAGAUUUGUUCACCAAACAUGUAGGAAUAUUUAAACAAAAAAAGACUCCAAGUGCUGGAGUAAUUCAACGGGUCAUGCAGCAUUUCUGGAGAACAUGGAGAGGUGGCGUUUCUGGUUGGGACCCUUCUUCAAACCCCUAAACAUCACCUAUCCAUAUUCUCCAGAGAUGCUGCCGCCUUCUUCUUGUGUAUGGCGUGCACAGCCUAAAGUUGUAAGACAACUUGUUCUGUUUGAUCUUCUGUUUGUGCACGCCAGGUUGAUUGCAUUCGUCGAAACAGGGUGGACCACGUGAAGGUUACAAUCUCCAACCCCUGAUGUUGCCUGACCCGCUGAGUUACUCCAGCACUUUGUGUCUUUUUCUGUAAACCAACAACUCCAGUCCCUUGUAGCCACAUGUAGGAAAUUACCACUAAUACUUAAAAAAAAAAAACAGUUCAUAUUCCUCCUACACUAUGUCCAUGGAAAAGCUCAAUGGUUCUUUAUCACAUAAAUGCAUUUUGUGCCAGCAAUGAAGAGAUACAAUUAUAGACCAGCCGUGAGCACAGUUUUCUUUUUGGCAUCUGCUGCCCAAUCAGUCCUUUGAAAAUCAAAGUAAACUGCAGAUGCUGAAAAUCUGAAAUAAAAACAGAAAAUAGCAAAUACACUCAGCAAGUCAGGAAGUCUCUGUGGAAUGAGAAGCAGAGCUAAUCUGAAGCAUUUACCCUGUUCCCCUUUUCGCACCUGCUCAGAGUUUCUGAGGCAAAACAUAAAGUGCAGAGGGAACGCAGUGGGUCAGACAGCGCUAAUGGAAGGGAUAGGUAUGCAAAGUUUUGGCCAGGACCCUUUUUCAUACUCAAGCAUUUACAUGUGUUUCUAACAUUUUCUUUAUUGCCUCAGUCCUAUACAGUGCAUUCAGAAAGUAUUCAGACCCCUUCACUUUUUCCACAUUUUGUUACGUUAUAGCCUUAUUCUAAAAUUGAUUAAUUUUUUUUUUUUU